AAAACAUCCGUAGAUGAUGGGGACACGUGUGGACGCAGUAGAGAAGUCGGGUCUCUAAGUCCACGUCAGCACUCCGGCCGGCUCUACCCAACCCGAACACCACGGUUAAUUAACAAAAGAAAAAAAAAAACAAAUCACUUGUCAUUCUCCAAAGAAUAUAUAUAAAUAUAUAAUCUUCUUCUCGCGAAACCCUAAUCUUUCGAUUUCCGCUGCGUUCUUUCCGAAUCUCCGUCGGAUCUCAAAUUUGUAUUCUCAGCUGCUGAAAUCUCCGGGGAAUGCAGAGAACGUUUUGCUGCGAGGUGGAGAACGGCUGGAAGGAAUCCCUCUCUCAAGGGAUUGUUAUCGUUGGCCCUAAAGCAAGAACCAGGGACAAACCUUGGGAUCAUCAUCUCUAAUCCUUUCUUGUUUUUUUUCAAAGACGCGACAUGGCUCGGAUCUUGGUUCAACGUGGUAGUUCUUCCAACGCAAGCCGCUCUGCUAGUACUUCCUCGUCUGGCUCAUCUUCUUCUUCCUCGUCUGGAUCAUCUUCUUCUUCCUCUGGCUCAGGAACUGAGUCACAGGUAAGCAGUGAUGUUCAGGCUCCACCAGUGACUAUUUACGAAGAAACUACCGAUGAAAAACAAGAUGAGGUUUCCGUAGUUGAAGAACAAGCAGAAUGUUCUGAUGCUAAGGAUGUAUCACUUUCUGAUGCUAAGGAUGUAUCACUGCCCAGUGAUGAACCUUUGGUUAGAGAAGAUGAUGAGGCUUUGAUUAUUUCGGAGAAUGUUGUUGUUGAUUGUGAAGGUGUAGACUCUGAUUCUCCAGUUAGUGGUGGCGAUGACCCUGAUUCACCACCCUUACCUGUUCCCCCACCAAAGCCCUCUUCCAAUGUUACAACUGGUAAUAGGAGAUCGGUCUUGGGAAGUUUUGGCGAUUUACGAAUUGGAGCAACAAGAAGAGUGGCCGUCCCUCGCUCUCUUGUGUCCACUAGGGGUUCGCCAACUGGAUCACAUCCUUCUUCGCCAAGAUCACAGAGUGAGAACGAAGGCUAUAAUAGUUCCGAUGAGCAUAUGCCAUGCUUUGUGCCGUCUCAUGCAGGCUCUGGCUCUGGCUCGGAACGUGAACAUCAGUUUGAAACCGAGAUUAGACAAUCGAAAGGCUUUGAAAUAAGGCGUAUGUUGGAAGAUGGAAAUUGUCUCUUUCGGGCUGUUGCAGAUCAAGUAUAUGGGGACUCCGAGUCAUACGACUUGACUAGACAAAUGUGCAUGGAUUACAUGGAACACGAGAGGGAUCACUUCUCUCAGUUCAUAACUGAAGGCUUCACCUCUUACUUGAAGAGGAAAAGAAGAGACAAGGUCUAUGGAAACAACGUGGAGAUCCAAGCUUUGGCAGAAAUGUAUAAUAGGCCCAUCCACAUUUACUCAUAUAGCACAGAGCCUAUUAACAUAUUUCAAGGGAGCUACAACACCGACACACCUCCUAUAAGGCUGAGUUACCACCACGGGAAUCAUUACAAUUCGUUGGUUGAUCCACACCGGUUGACAGUUGGUGCUGGACUUGGAUUUAGUAGCCUGACUGGGAGACAUGUGGACGGGGAGCAAGUGAAAGCUGCUAUAAAGGCUCAGCAAGAACAUCAGAUUGAUAAUGCGCUCAUAGCAGAAGGGAGAUAUUACUCUGACCUUGAGCUUACCGAGAAGGAAAUAGAACGAUCUGUAAUGGAAGCUUCUCGUGCUGAGUAUCUUAUGGAACGGUCUAAGCCACGAAUUGGUCCCAAGGAAUCAUCCACCUCUAAUGCUGAGACGUCCUCUUCUGGAGCUAGAACUUCGGCAGUAAAAGAGAAGACGGUGCUGAGCAGCAGCAUUGAGAUGGUUUUGUCGAUGGGGUUUAGCUACACGCAGGCCAUGGAAGCUUAUAGCAUAUUUGGGGAUGACGUUGACUCUAUGGUCUGCUAUGUACUGGAGACGAGCUGUGGCAGCAACAACCGACGCAAAGGCAAAGCCACGGAAUAGAGAAUGUAACAUAAGUUGUUCUGUAUCGAUAUAUAGAACUACCAAUGUUUGGGCGAUUAGUACACCCUUAAUCAUAAUAAUGAAUAAACUUCUGCAUCUUGGCAUGUAUUUAUUUGCAUGUUUGUGGCCUAUGUACUCUUUUAUUCUAUUAGUUGAAUAAGAGGAAGAAAACGUUCUGGAAAGAUCUGGGUAAUGGAGGGAGGAUUAA